GCAGCACAGCACAAUGUGUUGCUCAAGUAUUGGCCUGCAGUUAACGCUGCCACCGCCAACGUCGUUGCCCUCAUCCCCCAGCCUGGUAUGGCUUAUUACCACACCCGUACCCAUAUUUUGGUCCAAGAGCCUUAUGAACUUUCUCAAGGUCCCCAAUCUCCCAUCUCAGCCUCUCCCGAGGAACUCAAGGCUUUUUACCACGAUAUGGAACAAAAGGAUCUCGAGCGCAAGCUUUCAAAGCGUAACUCCAUUUCUGCCUCCAUCUGGUCUCGGAAAUCUAAGAGCAAACCCACCGUUCCCGUUCUCCCCACUUCUCCCCCUGACCAUCGAUCAUCACGAAUACCACCAUCUGAUGCAGACUUUCGUGACGAUAUUAAUCCUAUAACGGAGGGAAAAAACGAGGACCAGCGUAGCGCGUCACGCCCAAUCAUCCCCGAACCCAUGAGUGACCUUCCUUCCGUGAAUACCAAAGAGUGGAGCGCCCCUCCUUUGCCUCCCCAUAAAGUUAGAUACCAAAUUGACAAUCCACAUGGACCUCGUUGGUAUCGAAACUACCACCUCAUUCCCCCGUCCCAAAUCAAGCCGGGUAUGCGACCCCCAUCCUUCUUCUCGACCGCGUUCCCUCCUAUGGGAACUUCCUCGACGCCAGAACAUAUGGUCGAGAUGGGGCAUCCGGGUCCCAGCAGGACACCUUCACACUCCCCCUUACCAACCCCCACAUCAUCAGAUACUCGCGUGGCGGAGGGUGGCAGAAGAUCUCGUAAAACCUCACAGACAACUCCUGACAAUAUUGACCUCCUCGAUGUUACUGACCCUUGGGGCACAAAUUGGCAUCAUCAAUCUCCUUAUGAUUGGUUUGGACAGACCACGGGUUCUGUCGAUACCCACGAUAUAUCGAACAAUCGGCCAAGACGCGCAAGCAUGACUGCUGCACCUCUUCACAAGUCGGUGGCGCCUUCUCCUCUCUCUCAGUCAACCUCUGCUGUUCACCUACAUCCAUCUGAACCAGACGAUAGCCGACCUCGCAAGCUCAGUAAACGUCGUUCACCCACCGUCGAAAAUGUAUUCAGUUCUGAGAAAGGGGAUCUUAACCGCAUGAUGACAUCUGCACCAGCCACCCCCAUUGAGCGCACUCUUCUUUCCUCCGACCCAUCGUAUGGGACGUCGUUGCCUAAGCGUAUGUCCGUUGCACCUUCUCAAGGAAACGCAAACCCAACUCCAAAGAAGGAGAAACGUGGGAGUGUGUUAGGAAGACUAGCUAGGAAGUUCAGCAUAUUAAGAAAGCCGAGUGAGGAUAAUGACAGAGCCCCCGACAAGGUAGACGGCUGGCAUCACAUUAGCGCGGAAGAUGUGAGAGCAAGCAGUAAUAGGCAGAGUUUUGAUACGGGGCGAAGGCAAGCUUCGCCAGAAAAGGCUCAACCUGAAGCUCCCAAGAGAGUCCCUCCACCAUCCGUGGAUUAUACUGUUGCACACAACGUCGAAGGGCCAGCGGAACUUGAUCGGUCCUCUUCGAUUUCCCUGGAAGCACCUUUCUCUAUGGGCAAACUUACCAUUGCCAAUCCUGAUGCUCCAGAUUAUGACCAGGGAUUGCAUCAAACUCUUCCCGACGUAAAUCCGCCACUUCCUCCCGAAAAGCCAGUGGAGCGGUUUCAUAAUGGCAAUGGAAUUUCCAACCCGGACGAAUCCCCUCAUGUGUCACCCUCCCAAAAACAAGAUAGCCUUGCUCUUCCCCCGCAAUCCACUCAGCCCGAUUCUCAGCAUACACAGUCAACCCAGCCUGUCGUUAGCGGCCACAGUCGUGGUUAUGAGCCAUCCGUAUAUUCCCAUGCAUCUCGUGGAAGCUCGAAAGCGAAUAGCCAACCUAAGCCGCGGCAUGGAUCGUUAUCAACACAUACUCCAACUCCCUUUUUUGAGGAGGUCGAGUCAAAUCGAGCGAGUAGGGCGAGUACUCACGAUAUGCCAGUGGCCCCCGCCGUGCCAGAACAAACUCCUCAUAUGCAGAAUCACUCUCGCCUAUCGGCUGUUACCCCUGCGCAACCUCCACAGCUCGAACGUUCUUCUCCGUCCAAUCAGGUCCCUUUCCCCACUACUCAACCAAAUGAUUUUCUUCCACCUAAUCGGGUUCAAUCUUACAUACCUUAUAAUGAUUCGCCUUAUUCCGCUUCAUCUGUCCUCGCCAAUCCACCGACACCAUAUGACGAUCGUACAAUGAUUUCCUUGACUCCUGAGCAGCUGCCGCCCGCAUUGCCCCCCAAGUCACGUCAGGAAACUAAACCGCCGACGAGGGAGCCAUCGCCCGGACAAACCAAAGGAAGACAAACGGAGACGUUUAAGCUCGUUCGAAGCUCAUCCGGAAACGUUUAUGCAUCAACUGAGAGGAUAGUAGCAGCAGGACAGCAGUGGGAGGUUGUUGAGUCUGACGGGAGGAACAAGCCAUCGUCCAAGUCAAAGGAAGCGUCCACGAGAGCGAAAGAGUCUUCUUCCAAAACAAAGGAAUCUCAUUCUAAAUCUAAAGAAUCUUCUCCGAAAACCAAGGAAUCUACCUCGAAGACUAAGGUGUCGUCUUCCAAAUCGAAGGAACCAUCUUCCAAGCCGAAAGACUCGUCCUCGAAAGUGAAGGAACCGUCCUCCAAGCCAAAAGAAUCGUCAUCGAAGCCACAUGAGUCUUCCUCAAGGUCAAAAGAGUCAUCAUUGAGACCCAAAGACCGUGAGAAAAGUAGCAGACGGGAAAGGGAACAUAACCGGGAGAACAGCACUAGGGCAGAAGCUGUUGUGGAAGGGGACCACCGCACACGACCUCGGAGUCAUGAAAGUUCGAAGCAUCAGCACCAAGAUUCCUUGUCACCACCAGUGACCCAAGCUGAAGGUCGCUAUACUUCACGCCGUUCUCAUAACGAACAUAAGAGCAGCCAAAAGCGUGAUGGUCAUCGGGACCGAAAAUCAGAGACGAAGACGUCCGACGUUCCGGCGCCUUCUAAUUACAGUAUUUAUGCCCAGCCUACGUCGAACGGCGAUGUUCCAACUGCCCGACCUUUGGAACGGAAUCCUUCGACUACUACUCGACCCACUUCAGAGCUCCCCUCUGCUGCAGAGAUGAAUGCAAUGAGAGCUACAGAGGCGUGGGAGAUGGAACGACUUUGGAAGGCUCGUAGCAUGUAUGCUCCUGAGCUCAAUGGGGCGAUGGGUGCUUCAUACUCUCCCGCUGCGCCAAACUCCACCAGCUCGACGAGCGGUGAUGCAACGACGCAAGGCGCGGUGUAUGGCUCCACUCACACCGCGUUUGUCGUGCAAAGCCCGUUCCAAGGACAAGCCUCUCGAAUCUACCACUCAAUGCCUAAUGCCCCUCCUCCUGUCAUUUACUCUCCUCCUGGUUUUGGCAUCUAUGCCUCCCCUGACCCUGGUAUCUACUCCUCCCCUGCUUCUAUUCCUAGUCUCCGUGACUCUGUAUACGAACCUUACGAACGCACUCAGACCCAUCGGUCUCAAGUUCAUUCAUCUGCUUCUCCCCUUGAUCAUACAGUCCCACCAUCACUAUUACAACCUACUCUUCACAACAAUCCCCUUCCUGAGCCACCCAGAGAAUCCUCGUACGCGCCCGCGCCCCUUUCCACCUUGAAAUCAUCCGGUCACUCUGCGGAUUAUUGGACCAAGUACACUGGUAUAACCACUGCACAUUAG